AUUUAGAGAUUUGGGGAUCAGAAUCAUUUGAUCUGGGUCCUGAUCUGGUACCAUGACGUCUUUCGAGUACAGAUCUGCUAAUUUAAGCGUGUUGGUGUGAUCUAUCGUUCAGAGCUUGUGGUUUUUCCUUCAGAUCUUUGUGAAAUUAAAAGCAAGCUUGUUGGAUAAGGAUGAGUACUAUGGCAGUAUCAUCUGGAGCAGUGGGAAGGUCAUCAUUGAACCCAAAUGCGGCACUUUUCAUUCCAAUGUCUUAUCAGCAGGUAGAAGAUUUCUCCCCUGAAUGGUGGGAGUUGGUGAAGACAACCCCAUGGUUUCGUGAGCACUGGUUCCAUCAGUAUCAGGAGCAAGAAACAUUUGGCAACGAUGAGGAGGACAUGGCAGAUGCGUUACCAGACUCUUUCGAUCUUGGAAUCACUGAAUUCUCUUUGCUGGAGGCAGAGUCCAAUGGGGCAGCUUACCAUGAACCUGGGAAAGAGAUGAUUUCUGGUGCUACAGAGCGAGAGAAGAUAGAGCAUGCUAUUCAACUGUAUUGCAGUUUGAUGGAAGAGCCCUAUAGCGAUGCAAAGGCAGCAAUCAAGGAUCUGAGCUUGAAUUCUCCGAAGAAUGGUGUUAAGCCAUUGUCUGUUCCAGCAAAGUAUCGCGAGAAGCCUCUGCAAUGCGUUAGUCCAAAGUACAGCCCGCGGCGCAUCAUUCACCAGCCACGCUGAGAGAUGCAAGCCUUGUUCGGUUUGCGCUUGCGGCAAAGUUUGUCCAGAGUACUUCCAUUGUACAUAACUAAGAUGCACAUGUAGCUGUUGUUGUAGUUGUAGUCGUAGUGUCGUUUAGGUUGUUUGGACUUCAUGUUGAGUAAUCUGUCUCUCAAAACUGAAAAAUUAAAGCAUUGUAAAAGAAUGUUGUGCAGUUUAUGAGUUGCGUUAGUUUC